GGAGGGUUUUCUGGGUUGUUUUGGAUUCGGUGGUAGCACGUGGAGGCAAGAGGAGCCCUCAUUUCAAGCAACUUCGGACAUUCUCGUUACUUUACCGACAACGCAGCCACCUCCAAGUUGAGAGAUGUCAGCGGCAGGUCAGACGAGUGGGAGCCGCGAUAUACCGCCCGUGAGGCGGCUCGCCGUCCUGGAGGCUGCCCACAUGCCCCACGAAUACUCCACGACCCCCGGAGGGACCGUGUUCAGCACCACGCCUGGAGGAACUCGAAUCAUCUACGACAGGAAGUUCCUGCUUCAGUGUCGUACCUCUCCUCUGGCUCGGACGCCUCCGAAGCUCCCUGACAUCCCGGGAGUCACCAGGCCACUCAAACGGGAAUCGUCCACCGAGUCCAACCAGCCGGGAGCGAGUGAGGGCGGUCACCCUAAGCGCAGCCAACACACAGAGGGUGCAGGAGACGAUGCCCUGUUUGACAUGGACAUUUGAAGAGGAUUAGAACAAUUCCCAGCAUCUUCACGGUAGUUGUGUUGUUAGGGUAGAUAUUUAAAGUUCAAUUAAAACAAUUAUGCUGUGGAUUAUAAAAUUGGGUUCCUUACGGGGAAAUUGUAUUUUACUGGAAUUAUUCAUGUGCCUCAAAUAGUUGCAUUCGUUGAUUGGAUACGUUGUAGCAUUUUGGUUGUUGGUAAAAUCGGUUUUAACUUAACGUAUUACUUUUUUGUAAUUCAACAGGAUUUAUAAUGUUCAGGGGGAAUAUUACUUUAUGGUGUGUUGUGAUUGUUAUGGGUCAUGUUCAUAUAAUUUGAUUAAUAAUGGGAAAUACACAAAUAAUAAAAUAUAAUUUUUAUUUUUAAUUUUUUUUAUUUUUUAUUAUUAUUUUUUUAAUACUGCCUUGGUUUUUGUGUGUAAAUAAAUGUAUUUCAUGCCAAAACGGCCAUGCUUGAAGUCAUUGAUGAUUCAAUAAUUUACGCCAUAAGAGUAACGUAGUAUAGACAAUCAAGAAAUAAAUACACUUGUUUCAUGGCAGUCCUAUGCAAAUGUAAUCUGAACAACAAGAUUUCUUAAACUUGCAUGGGAAAAUAAACGAUGACAACGAUUUAAAUUGUGUUUCCCUUCAAACGCCGCAUGUUGAAGUUCAUAGAAGGAACUCUUAAAUUCGGACACUAAGAUGCAUUUUUGUUGGUUAUCUUGGAAAAGGCACAUUAAGCAAUAGGGGGGAAAUCCUGUAUAUACAAAAAUAUAAUUAGCAUCUUCAGAAAUCGUGAAAUUUCAUUUGGGACACAUAACGGUUUGGUAUUAACAGUGAAAAAUAUUACUGAUGAAAAAUUUGUUUCUUAGAAACAAUUGCCUUUUCAGUGCCUAGACUUCAAAUACUCAUAUCAGUAAAAUUUAUUUUUCAAAAUGAAAUUCUGUGGAAUGACUUUUCCGUUAUUAAUCAAAUAAUAUGAAAACGACCCAUAUACAUAUUAUACUGUUACUUCACUACCUUUGCUUUUUUUUUAAAAAAUAUUAUUUUUUUUUUUUUUUUGCAUGAUAAAAUUAAUAGUGUAUUUUUUUUUUGUUUAUUGUACAGCAGUAUACACUGGAUGAAGUUUAUCCAGUUGCAAGAAAAAGUACUUGAACCCUUUGGAAUUACUUGGAUUUCUACAUAAAUUUGUUAUUAAAUGUCAACGGGUCUUCAUCUAAACUACAGACAAACUAAUACCGCAUGAACAAUUGUUUUUUUUUGGGGGGGGGGGGCAACAUAGUGAUUUAGUAGUUAGCAUGUCUGCCUCAUAGUUGAAAACUCUAAAUUGUCCAUAUUCGUGAAUGUGAGUUGUUAAUAAUUAUUUACCUAUAUGUUUCUUGCGAUUCACCCAAAGUUACCUGGGAUAGGCUCUGCGAAUCUAAUGAGAAUAGCAUAGAGCUAAUCGGAGUCAGUCGUCAGCCACCCUAGAGUCAAUCAAUGUGAUGAGAUUGAAGGUGUUGAUUAAAGCUACCCUGCCAUGUAAAAAAACCACA